AUGACCUACACCUCUUCCUACAGCACUACCAAGGAGGACAUCUCACUGUACGAUCACGCCCUAGGCCAUGCUCCUGCUCCUGCUGCUACUGCUGACAGCACUGCCCGCUCACAGUGGAAGACUCGUGACGCCCACGCUCGCUUCGCUAUUCGCAAGUCCCUGCCGAUAGAUGAGCGCGAGCACUUUGGGCAGCACAAGACUGCACAGGCACUGUACACUGCUGUCGUUGCCCGCUACUCCUCACCGGCCUCUGCCGCACUAGGCCGUCUCUCUCUUCCCUACCUGUUCCCCGACUUAGCCGCUUUCCACACACUCGCUGACCUCAUUACGCACCUCCGCACUAGUGAGGCUCGCUUCCGCGCCGCCAUGCCUGAUGAGUUCCUUGCCAAGAACCCACCCCCACUCUGGCUCACUCUCUACCACCUAGUCACCCGCCUCCCUGACACUCUGCGCUCAGUCAGGGACCACUUUCUAGCUCGCUGCCCCACUCAGCUCACCAUUGCCCUCCUCGAGAAGGAACUCCUUGCAGCUGAGGCUAGCAUAGUCGCUGUAGGUGCCUCUCGUGGCGACCCCCGUACCCCGUUCUUUGAGGGGUGUUCUCCUUCCCCCCUUCUUCCCUCUGUCGCCUCUGCUGCUGCUGUCGACCUCCUUGGUGCUGAGAAGGUCGGGACACCGUCUGCUUCGAGUGGGCGCCGCAGCGGCAAGGGCAAAGGGGGCAAGGGCGGUGGCGGUGACAGCGGGGGAGGCGGUGGUGGGGGCGGUGGCGGCGGUGGGGGUGGUGGCGCGACUGGAGGGGCUAGUGGCAGCGGUGGGGGUGGUGGCGGCAGCUACGAGGGAGGUGGCAGGGGCGGAGGCGGUGGUGGGGGUGGCGGUGGACGCGGCGGCGGCAGGGGUUGGGGUGGUCGAGGAGGUGGCGGCGGCGGUGGUGGUCGUGGAGGCGCUGGCGGUGGCCAGGGCCAGCAGCACACUCCGUCGCCCCAGGAGGUCCGUGAGUGGUACUCUCAGCACGGGGGGGGGGGGGGGGGUGGCUUUAGCUGCACGUACGUCAUUCGCACUGGUGACCGCACUGGCCAGCCGUGUGGGGGACCGCACGCCACACAGCGUUGCUUCGCUCGUCAGAACGACGCUUGGCGUGUUCAGUUCCCUCAGGCCACUGAGCUGCCCCGCUGGGUUGAUCUCCUGAAGAAGGGGAUUGAUAUUUAUGCUCUAGACUUUGAUGCUAUUCUCACUGCCAUGUAUGUGAUGUCUACUAGUGGAGAGGGUGCUGAGUACCUGAGUGUCCCGCCCGACCCGGGCAUUAGGACUAGUGCGUCUGCCGCUCCAGGUACUCGCGUGUCUGCUACCCCAGGUGCUGGUGAGGCAGCUGCUCUAGGUGCUUGUGCGUCUGCCCCCCCUGGUACUGAGUCGACGGCAGCACUGCACACCUUCACACUGGACUCAGGUGCUUCUCGCUGCUUCUUUCGUGACCGCAUUGCCCUUGAGCCGCUUGCUCGGCCAGUUGCUGUCUCCCUCGCUGACCCCUCUGGGGGUCCGGUCUCCACCUCCCCUCGUUCUCUACGAACUUGGUGGCAGGUAGUGCACUCCAGGACGGGGGUGUUCGCCAGUUCACCCCUGCCUACGAGCGCGUGA